GAUUAUUAAUGUGAUCGAAACUUGGGAGAAAUUGAAAAGUUUGAAGAGAUGUCUAGUGUUACUGCUUCUCCUUCACGUCGUGUACGAGAACUUCUAGCUUUGUGUUUCAGUUCAGUGGAAGCUGGAGGGAAUCGAGAGUUGGAGAGCUUAGUGGCAGAACUUGUCAACUGUUUGAAUUCUUUGUAUGAGAACGUAGUUUUGAAUGCCAGUGAUGAACUGGAGAAUGAUGUUAUUGAAGUAUUAGAUGAAAUUUUGAAAGUUUUGUCAUCUCCUCAAGUGGAUCAGGAUGUUAUUGAUGCACUGUCAUUUCACUUGCCAAAAGUAACUUCCAAGUUUGUAGACCUAUCAGGCAGAUGUUUACAUUUGGUUGAGGAAAUCGUUGAUCGAUUUGUGGAAGCAUGCAAUCCACGGGAUAUGCUUUCAAUUCUUUGUGAGGCACUCGAUGCUGCACGGUGCUCUCUUUCACCCUCCAGUUGUUCUACUCCUUUAUUACAUGGGCUCUCUAAAGUAUUUAUUUCGAUUCAGAGGCGUCACUACGAGCAAUUGAAAGUUGCAGUUCCAAUUGUCCUGAACGUUUUGAAGGACAUUUCAUUGGAAACAGACGUGCAAGUUGAAGGUUUAUUUGAUAAGGCUCUAGGCAUUGCCUCUUCAAUUCGAGACGUUUCUUCAAAACUGAAUAACGAAGAAGAAGCAAAAGUCCGUUGUCUGCUUGGUCUCUAUGUGAUACAGAUAACGGCUAUUCUUUCAGUUAGCAUCAGAGACAAAGCGGCCUCUUGUAUUCCUCUGGUGAUUCAGUUAGAACCUUUCUUGACAUACUGUGGUUUAACACAUCUUGGUUUAAUCACGGGAAACGACACUGAAAAAUUAAUGAGCACAGUUGCUGGAGAUGAUGAUGAUGAUUUCGGCACCUCUUUCCCUGACAUCAACUUGGGUGCGUCGCUUUUACUCAUCUGGGCAAAGAUCUCACAUGAGGUUGCAGAGGCUGCUAAUGCGGCUUCAGGAAGUGAUGUAGCUGAGCUUCAAAGCAAUCCAGUGAAAAGGUGGCAAGCUUAUGGGAUGUUGAAAUAUAUUCUUUCCUCUGUAGAUCUGCUCUGGGAAUUCAAAAGACAUGCUAUCGAGUUCUUGCUUGACAUAACAGAAGGAGUUACUUCAUCUCAAUGCAAUGAUGAGCAAAUAGAUUGUUCGCACUACACGCCUGGCAUCUACGCUACUUUACAGGCUGUUACAUUAGUGAUCAUGUAUGCCCCAGACGCAGAUCUGAGGAAAAAGACAUUUGAGGCACUGAAGAGGGUUCUUUCUGAUAUCCCAGCUCCUCAUAGGUUUGAUGUUUUAAGAGCCCUUGUCACAAAUUCCCGAUCUCCUUCAAUGACAGCAAUCCUUCUGGGUCUAGUUAAAGACAGCAUGAGCGAAAGCAGUUUGCAAGCUACAGAUUGUGCGACUACUGAUACGCAUGUUAUUGAGCUAGUGGAGUUGGUCUUAAGGCCUCCAGAGGGAGGUCCUCCACUCCUUCCGGACCAGAGUGAUGCGGUCCUGGGGGCACUUAACCUCUACAGGUUUGUACUGUUAUUUGAAUCAAGAGAAUGUGAAGCAGGUAAAGAGAGAAGCAAAGUAGGCAGUGAAAUUUUGUCAAAGAAGAAUCUGGAGAAAGCGUAUAAGGAAUGGCUUCUGCCUCUCCGAACUCUUGUGAGCUGCAGCAUCGCUGAGAACCUCAAGGAGGAUCAUGGCCAAGAAUCUUCACUCGGCGAUGUAUGCCUUCUGAACCCAAUUGAAUUUGUUCUAUAUCGAUGCAUCGAGCUCGUGGAAGAAAGGUUGAAAAGUCAUUAGUAAAAUGAAUCAUGAGCACUACA